AUGUACUUUAUAAAAACACUUCAACAUGCUAGUAGAAGUCUUAUAUCAUUUGCAUUUAUGGUUUCAAUAAUAUAUGCGGCAUUUUUAACAUUAUUUUAUUUUUUAUUUAUUUCAAAAGUUGAACAAUGUUCAAGUAUUCUUCAAACAAUUCAAAUGCUUUUUGAAAUGACACUAUUAAAAUUUGAUGUGCAUGAUUUAAUGGAAGCUGCUUCAUUCCUUGGUCCAAUCUGCUUUAGCUUAUUUAUAUUUAUAGUUGUUUUCAUUUGUGUCAGUAUGUUUAUUACCAUAAUUAGAGAAAGUUUUGCUUUUGUUCGAAAUGAAGCCAAAUUUAAACCCAAUGAAGAUCAACAUAUUCUGUCGUUUAUGUUCUCGAAACUCAAACAGUGGCUUGGUCUUAGUAAAUCCAGUGAAUUGGAAAGAGAUGAAGACAUGAGAUCGAGAUAUAUUGAUCCGAUUGAAAGUUUCCCAGAUAAAAUCAAUCAACUAUUAGAUGUACUCAAUCAAUUUCAUGGGGAACAACAAUCGAAUCAAUCGGGAGAAACAGUAAAAUUAUCGGUUGAUGAUACUUUUCAUUAA